UUGCAUUGACGAAAUCCGCCCCACAACCGCCCGAAAGGUAAUCGGAACUCACAGCGGCAGCUUCCACUGCGAUGAGGUGUUGGCAAUCGCAAUGCUUAAACAACUUCCAGAGUACAAAUAUGCACGCAUUAUUCGUACCCGGGAUAUUGAAAACUGGACACUUGCAAUAUCGUCGUUGAUGUGGGCAAUAUUUUCGAUGCGGCCUCUAAUCGUUUCGACCAUCAUCAGCCGUAAUUCCUUAUACCCCUUUUCUUAUUUAUCUACACAUCUGUUUUUUAGAUCAUUUAACCUUACUAUAAAAAACUUCCAUCCUAAUCUGGAACCAGCCGUGAAACUGAGCAGUGCGGGUCUCAUUUAUGCACAUUUUGGUAAGAGAGUAAUUACCGAGAUUUCUGGGAAGUUGAAUUCUGAUGAGGACUUGGAAGUGGUAUUUAAGCAGCUGUAUAAGGAUUUUAUUAGUGAAGUGGACGCUAUUGAUAAUGGUGUGCCAAUUUCAGACGCUCCAAUAAAUUACCGUAUUGCAACUGGAAUAACUGCUCGAGUGAGUGGUCUUAACGCGGCCUGGAAUAAAGAAGAAAGUAGGAUGGUAAGUUCAAUUAGAAACUUUAAAAAAAAAUAUGCUCUCAUUUUUUAUCACGAUCAUUAUAUUCGAUCUCCUCUGGUAACUUAA